AAGAACUGCGCGCGCGCAGCACAUGUGCGGAGAGAAUAGCUUCCCAACUCAAGAUACUAAAGUAUCGUUAUUUUCAAAUCGAUAUUAAAAUUUUAACCGAUAAUUUUAUGUUAAACUUAAGUUAGUUAAAUUAAAUUGUAACUCCUUUAAAUCCUAUAGAUCCUAAAUAUUCCUAUAGAUCGUUAUGAUUUAAUUCGUUUAUUAAAAAAUUAAGAGAUUUUUUUUUUCUUCGAUCAUGUUGACGAAUUUGUUGUGUUUAUUUUUCUUGCUAGCGGCAUAUAAGUGCUCAGAAACACCUCCCAAUAUUGUUCUGAUAGUUGCUGAUGAUUUGGGCUGGAAUGAUGUCGGGUUCCACGGCUCGAACCAGAUCCCGACGCCGAACAUCGACGCGCUGGGGUGCGCGGGGCUCCUGCUGCACAACUACUACGUGACCCCCAUCUGCACGCCCUCCCGCGCCGCACUAAUGACUGGCAAAUACCCGAUACACACUGGUAUGCAACACACAGUGCUGUUCGGCGCUGAGCCACGGGGUCUGCCGCUGUCAGAGAAACUCCUGCCACAGUAUCUGAAGGAUCUCGGUUAUAAAACGCAUUUAGUCGGAAAAUGGCACCUGGGCUCCUACAAAAGAGAAUACUUGCCUAUGAAUCGAGGAUUCGACAGUCACAUUGGGUUCUGGACGGGUAAGAUUGACAUGUAUGACCAUACCAGCCAAGAAAAAGGACACUGGGGAUUUGACUUCAGACGAGGAUUUUCGGUAGCUUAUGAUCUGUUCGGUGAAUACGCGACUGAUAUCUACACGAAGGAAGCAAUUAAGGUGAUAGACGCUCACAACAACACCGAGCCGCUGUUCCUCAUGGUGGCACACUCGGCGGUGCACAGCGGCAACCCGAGCGAGUUCAUCCGCGCGCCGGAGUACCUGCUCGACAACUUCACUUAUAUCGACAACUUUCAGAGGAGGAAGUUCGCUGCGGUGUUAACUAAACUCGACGAGUCAGUGGGCAAAGUGGUGGCAGCAUUGGACGCUAGAGGGCUGCUCGCGAACAGUAUCGUGAUAUUCACCACUGACAACGGCGGCGCGGCCGACGGCUUCAACAACAACGCAGCAUCCAACUUCCCCUUGAGAGGAGUCAAAAACACCCUCUGGGAAGGAGGUGUGAGAGGCGCAGCUCUCAUAUGGAGUCCGCUGCUAGAGAAGCGCUCACGCUUAGCCACGCAGCGCUUCCACCUCGUGGACUGGCUGCCCACGCUGCUCCGCGCUGCCGGGGCGGACCUUAGCACCUUACCCGCCAUAGACGGCAUAGACCAGUGGGACAACCUAUCCAAAGACCUCGAGUCUUCUAGAACUAGUAUAGUCCACAACAUCGACGAUAUCUACGGCAGCGCUUCGAUUACCGUUGGAAAAUGGAAAUUGCAUAAAGGUACGAACUACGACGGAGCAUGGGACUACUGGUACGGGCCGGGCGGGCGGGAGGGCGCCUAUGACGUCAGCUCGGUGAUGACGUCACCCGCCGGCUGCGCGCUCGGGAGGCUGGGGAUGAUGCCUGAUCAGGAGAAGAUAUUGACUCUCAGAGAUGCGGCAACAAUAAAAUGCGAUAGAAAAAAUCAAAUAAUCUGCAAUCCGCUGAAAGCGCCGUGUCUGUUCGACAUUGAAACCGAUCCGUGCGAAACUAAAAACCUUGCCGACGAAGAGCCUGCGGUACUAGCGCAGCUGCUGUCCGAGCUGGCGGCAGUGAAUGCUACAGCGGUGCCGCCCAACAACAAGCCGCUGGACCCGAUCGGCAACCCGAGGUACUGGGGAUAUGUGUUCACGAACUUCGGCGAUUACAAGAAUCCUUUACUGAAUACCGAAUAUUGAAUUUACCAGUGGCGUAGCGUGGGUUUUUGCCGCCCGGAACAGACUGUAACAGCUCCCCCAACCCCCCUAACCUUGUUUUAGUAUUUAAAUAGCUUUUUUACGUUUAAGUUAAAAUAUUUUAUUCAUCGGACCUAAUUUACAACGUAGGUACAAUGUACAAAGUACUACCUACUGCAUAAUAUUACCAAUGAAAGGAAAUGGCCAACCAAGCUAGCUAGCUAGCCCAACAAACUACCUACUACGACUACAGGUAUUUAAGACAUAUGUUUUUGAGCCACCCGCUCCCCCUACCUCCCGCCCUAGCUACACCACUGGGCCGUUCAGUUUCAAAAUCGUGUAGUAUAGCCUGCUUUCGAGGUUACUAAAGUUAUUUGUAAUUAACAAAGAAAAUAAAAAGAUAAUGAAAGCUUUAUUGUGUACACGAAUUUAUACUUAAGUACCUAUGGAAAAUGCCCAGUUUAGGUAUGUAGACUAUACUAAAGCCAUACACGAGAAAUACUGUUUACCAACAAACAAAUUAAAAAUGAAGGUAGAAAACGCAUGUCAUUUCAUAACUUAUUUAUUUUAAAUUGUGUAUGGUUUGUUUAUAAAAUGUUAUAUAAAACUAGCAGACGCCCGCGACUGCGUCCGCGUGGAACUCGAUGUAAACUUUCAACUACCCCUACCCAACUCUACCCCUACCCUACCCCUACCCUACCCCUUCCCUACUACCUCCCUACCCUACCCUACCCCUACCCUACCCUACCCCUACCCUAUCCCUACCCUACCACUACCCUACCUCUACCCUACCCCUACCCUACCCCUAACCUCUUCCUCUUCCUUUUCCUUUUCCCCUACCUUUUCCUGAUUUUUUUUGCUAUAAACCUCACGGAGCCCGAGACCUUUGCAACGAAUGCAAAACCGUGGAAAACGGUUCGUGCGUUCUGGAGUUAUAGCGUCAGGAAGGAAAACCCGACUUAUUAUUAUAUAGUAGAAUAUAUUACCCUUAUCUAAUUGUUCUAUGCUUAAUAGUCAAAUUUAUUUUCUUUAAUUUAAGAGCAAGUAUAUUUUAUGUGAAUGACUAGUGAUUUAUAGUAUAAGUUAUUAUCGGAUGUUACAAGACUUUUACAACUGUAAAAGAUUCACACAAAUCUGUUCUGUGAUCUUUGAACAAAUGCAAUGGUUGUGUUAGAUAAAUAAAACGUGAAAAAAAUGUAAUCAACUUUAUUAACCAUAUGACUUACAAUCUUUAUGUAAUUAUGUUGUACAAAUAUAAAUUAUUUUUAAAAUGUA